AUGAAUACAAGAAAUUAUAAAAAAGAUGUAUCAGAUUAAGGCUCUAUCAAAGGAUAAACAAAUUAAAACUUUGGAUAUUCACAACCUCAAUAAUUUUAAGAUGGAAUUUCGAGAAUUCAAGAAGAGAUGAUGGAUCCUCGAAACAUUUAGCCUGAUUCUAUGUUUGUGAAUUUUAGCGGAGUUCUAGAAUGUGGUGAAUGUGAAGAUGAAGAAUCGUUAAGAAUAGAAUAUGCAGUAAAAUAUGGAGGAGAAGAUUGGACAUAUUUGAAAACUAGUAAUAAUGCUGAUGAUGCAGAACCAAGUGGAAUAUCUUAAUUGAGCACUUCACGAAAUUUACACUCGAGAAAUAUUGUUUGGAAUUUCCCUUUUGAAUGCAACUUUCAAACUAAAAACAUAUUCGGAUGGCCCCAGGUUGUAGUCAGACUUUCAGGUCCUGAUUUCAUGGGAAGAAGUGUGGCUAAAGGGUAUGGAUCCGUUCAUGUUCCAACUUAACCAGGAUAUCAUGAAAGAGUAAUUAGAAUAUUCAAACCUCUACCAAUUUCUGGAUUCACAGGAUUUUUAGGUUAUUUGUUAGGGAACACUGCUGAACUCAAAAACUUCGAUAAAGUUAUUUCCUCAGGUGAAGGAAGAGAAGUUACUCGAGUAAAAUCGGUGGGAUAUGUAAAAGUUAAGUUUCACGUAACAUUAGUAAAUUUUGAUAAAUUUGGUUAUUUAUGA